AUGUCCCAGUACCCUCCUCCCCAGCAGUACCCGCCCCAGGCCUACGGCACGCCGCCGCCGCCUGGCGCUUAUGCCUCCCCUCCGCCGCCCCAGGGAUACCCUCCCCCGCAGCAGCCGAUGGGCUACUACCCGCCCCAGCAGGCACCUCCGCCGCCCGCGGAGGAGCCCAAGAAAGACCGCGGUUGCCUUUACGGGUGCACAGACUCCACGCGUUCAUCCUACGUCACCCCUCUCCUCGCCGUCUACCUAACCCAUCUGCUCCAAGGCACACUUGAACCAUUCAACGAUCAACCUUCAAUCCUCCUAUCGUCGACAUCCUCACCACCUAAAUCACUCCAGGUCACCAUCUCCGACGCCGAACAAGAGAUAUCUGCCGUCUCGAGCGCCACCAUCUCCGCUUCCCAAAUACCCUUCGCCGGCGCUGGCGCCUCCCUCGCUAUGAUGCGCCCCUUCGGUUUCCCCCUAACGCGACAUCCCCGCCCUGUGUCCCAUCCUCCGCCCGUGGUAGACUCUCCUCAAGACGACCCUGGUGUUGGUGCCAGCACUACCCCAACAAUGCCCGGCAGCUUCCCUGAAAGCGUCACCGUCUCGGCCCCUCACCGGCCCAGCGUGCUGGACGUGGUUGUGGCAAAGGCCAUGAUGGUGAAAGCCUUGACUCUGCCCCUUGAGCUGGUCAACAGGAUCAUGGACUUCGCCGAGUACUGGCCACACACGUCGGCACAGCUCGACUAUGGCGCCGCCCCCCGCGCGGUUGCUAGGGGCAGCUCCCCUCAAGAAGAUGUGUUCCUGGCAAGCAAAACUCGCGGGCCGUCUUCUCUCCCCUCCCACCAGUACUUGCGCUGCUUGACUGACCAUGUACCUCUGCCAUCGUUCCCAGCUGCGCACUGUUCCCCUCGGCUUGUUUAAGCAGGUAAACCCCGAUGCCGACCGCUACAAGACCGAAGAGGCCAAGCUGCUCUGUCUCUCGUCAGAGCACCCGGUCGAGCAGUUCCACAAGUGGAUUGGAUCGCCUUCCCACACGGUGCAACACCCUUGCCGCAAGGUUGUCUUUACCAUCACGAGCAAAGAUCAAGGAUGGGGCGGCAUGCAUGGCGACCAGAACACUUAUCGACAUUCUUGGACUUGGUUUGAGGCAGGGCUGGAGAGGAUCGACGCGUCGGGAGAGUGCGGAAGCAACUGUCCCGAUCAUGCCCGACAGGCUAUGAACGAGUCUUCGAUCUCGACUCCGCGGCCUGACAUCAGUCUCUGCGCCCUGCGCCCCAUCGUGCCACCUCUUUCGGGCGAACCCCACGAGCGCCUCCAGAUGCGACACCCUACUCACCAUAUGGAGGAAUACAUGAUCCAGUGCAACAAGACAGCCUCACGCGACGGCCUGCAGACCCACGUUGUUGAAUGGCGGGCCGACGACCACAUCGAUCCAGACACGCCACAUGCACAGGAACUGGCCGAUAGUGGCCGGGGCAGGGCUACGGGUACGGGCAAGUUUGUGCGAGAUCUCAAGCUGGGAGACGUGGUUACUGUUUGGGCAAAGGCAAGGUUCCCCGGCUGGGAAAACAGGCUGAGCUUUCUUAAGGUCGACAUGUACUGGGCAGUUUGAUGGAUUGUAAUUAUCGUUAACCAAUACGCUUUACGUUUAUGGAAGAUUCGCUCCGGCGCUUUUAGCAUUGCGCUUCAGGGGCUUGGUAGCAGGACAUUCCAAUAUCUUUUUCCCAUGCGUCAAA